CCUUCCCGUCCCAAAAUGUCAUUCACACUCCCUUUCUUCAACUUUUUUUUCUCUCUCUAAAAACACAACAACCCUUUAAAGCUCCUGCUUCUCUAAAAGCUUCUCUUUUGUCUUUGCUUUCCAUUUUUUCUUUUUAAGUUUUUUUAGAGAGAGAUUAAGAAGAUGGGACACCAUUCUUGCUGUAACAAACAGAAAGUGAAGAGAGGGCUGUGGUCACCUGAAGAAGAUGAGAAGCUUGUUAAUUACAUUUCUACCUAUGGCCAUGGCUGUUGGAGCUCUGUCCCUAAGCUUGCUGGCUUGCAACGAUGUGGGAAAAGUUGUAGACUAAGAUGGAUAAAUUAUUUAAGACCUGACCUUAAACGUGGGAGUUUCUCUCCCCAAGAAGCUGCUCUCAUUGUUCAACUUCAUAGCAUUCUUGGUAACAGAUGGGCUCAAAUAGCAAAGCAAUUACCCGGAAGAACAGACAAUGAAGUGAAGAAUUUUUGGAAUUCAAACAUAAAAAAGAAGUUGAUUUCUCAUGAGGUUUCAGCUUUGGCCACCUUUUCUGGCCGUCUCCAAAACCCUAAUACUUCCAUUAAUAAUGAGGGCUUCUUUAUUCUCAAUGCAAACCCUAAUUUGAUUUUAACCACCACUGCCCAUCAAGACCAACCAUGUCUUCCAAUUUCAACUCUACAAGCUGGUUUUGAUCAUCUCAUUGAUUAUAAGCUUGACCAAUUUACCAAUCUCAAUCCAGAUGGCAAUUUGGUUCAUUUACUUCCUUCCAUUUCCCCCUCAGCAAACUUUUUCUCUCAUGAUCCUCCAUUGUGGCAGUCGUUGGGAGGUUAUCGUCUCCAAUCGCUCGACUCUGAUCAUCAACCAGCCGUGGUGGUGGGUGGAGAGUUUGUCACUCCGACCACUGCAUUACCGCAAUACGUCGACAAUUCGUUUUUGCAUCCCACAACGACGAUGCCGAAAUUAUGCGAGGUUGGCGAGGAAAAUCUUUGCUCACCAAUUCCACAAAUUUCAGCUCCUUUGCAAGAUCUUGAUCCAAUUACCAAAUUAUCAAGCUUUCCAAAUGGUUACUAUCCACAAGAUCAAUGCUUGGUAGCCAAUAAUCAAAUGGCUAUGGAGCAAAUUGACAUGAUCAUGUCAUCGAUCUUGCAGAACCCGCCAUGCUCAUCAUUGUCGUCAUCAUCAUCAUUGGGGUUAUCGGGAUUAUCAAGCGACCUUGUUUCGUCGAGUUGGGGUGCAUAGGAUAUAUAGGUACGUAGUAGUAUAUGGUAUGUGUCUAGCUAAGUAAUAAUUGAAAAAAAAAUGCAUUUUUUUCGUUUCAUAUAAAUGUUUGAGAAGGUAAGGGCUAGUCUACAAGGAAAAAACCUAAAAGUUACUAGUUCAGGUUCUUUAGUAAGUAAUGCUUGAUCAAGUACCAUUCAAUACAUAGCCUUAAUUAUUUCA